CGACAAUCAGGCAGUAAUAAAGCUACCAAAGUGAAGUGUCUAGGUAAUGCUGGUGGUCAUUGUCAUCAAGGUGUAUUUUACACCAACUAUCUAGCAGGCGCAAGCGCUAAAACUCCUGACAGGCGCAUCUUCAUCUCUGUCCUGAUCAGCCCUCAAGCCUGGUUCCCUUUUCAGCUCCCACAAUGAGGCAUGUGCAGACUGCUCCUUGGGCCACAGCAACUGAUGGCAGCGAGGUGAAGCAGAAGACUGCAAAGGGAAAGCAGAAGGCUAGGGUUGGUGGAGUGCGCAAACGGCAAAUCGCUGAGAGAGAGGUCCCAGCAGCAAGAUCAGCUACUGCAAGCACAACUAACCUCCUGCCUCAAGAACGCCUUGCUUUCUACAGACUCCUAGAAAAUGAGCUGAUUCAACAGUUCUUGUCUAUGGAUGCCUGUUUAAGAAUUUCAGAUAAGUAUCUUAUUGCUAUGGUGCUAGUAUAUUUUAAGCGUGCUGGUCUGCACACCAGUGACUAUACAUCCAUGAACUUCUUUGUUGCCCUGUACUUGGCUAAUGACAUGGAAGAGGAUGAGGAAAAUUAUAAGUAUGAGAUCUUCCCAUGGGCACUAGGAGACUCCUGGCGAGAGCUCUUCCCUCAGUUCCUGCAGUUACGGGACCGUUUUUGGGCUAAGAUGAACUAUCGAGCAGCUGUGAGCCGGAGAUGCUGUGAUGAGAUUAUGUCUAAAGACCCUUUACAUUGGCUCUGGCUCAGAGAUCGUCCCAUUCACCAUAGUUGGGCAGUCAGGAGUUACCUUCAAGAUGAGGAUCUCUUUCCACGAGGGCCGGGCUCCACCCAAUACAGUUGCACUCUGUGUCGGAGGUCCAGCACCAGUAACAUUGAAGGAGCAACCUGCAGCGACUCCCCAACAGAGAAUGAGUUGUUCAGUUUCACUAAUGGACAGUUAUCCCAGGAACUCAUCCUGCCCUCAGAUCUGCUUCUAGAUCCUAUGGCCACUUAUGACAACCAAAAAUUCCUGAUUACAUCUCUCCACCAUUGAAGGCGCUGGGGUGUUAGGGGGAUUUUGGGAUCAGGCAUAUUACUGGCACACUUGGCCAGAGAUAUAGAGACACCUUAGUGCUAUUUACUGAGUCGCGCAGGUUGUUUGUCUUUGUAUUUUGUUUUGUCUGUUUGCAUAAUGAGUAAAACACCAACAAAGUCCAAAAAGCAGUUUUUCUGCCAUGUCUGUAAGGGUGUAUUACCUGAUGGAUUUUUCACAUGUAAAGUAUGUUUUGUAAAUUCAGAAACAAAUACAAUUUCGGCUCCAGUUUCAAAUUUAAUUUCAACCCCGGACCCACCAUGGGCUAUAUUAGCAGAUGUCUUAGCUGGAUUGCAAUCAGUUGGCCGCCUCUCGGCAGGAGCGAGAGGCGGCAAGAUCUGAAUCUAGGGUGAGACCGCUAGAACUACCAGAGGGGUCUCGCCCUUACCAAAGGUCCAGAUCCUCUUUGACUAAGGGGGAUAAGUUUCAUUUUUCUUAUAAACUACCGGUUUCUGCUAUGUUACUGUCUGAUGAUUCUUCGCCAGACCUCAUUGUACAAGUUGUGGGUGAGGAGGGCGAAGUAGACCAGCAGUCAGAGGAUGACAAUUCUGACAGCCUGGGCAUUGAUCUCAUCAGAGCGGUGCGUCAGUCUCUGAAUUUUACAGAAACUGAGGAGCCUCUGACAAAUGAUGAGGUCGUUUUUACUAAACGACAGAGAACUCCAAUAUGUUUCCCUGUUUCAGAAUCGUUUAAUAAAAUGUUACUAGAAACAAGGAAGAAUCCGGAUAAACGGUUUUCUGUACCUCACAGAUUUAGGUCUAGUUAUCAGUUUCCAGAGUCUGUGACAGCUACAUGGGAGAAUCUGCCGUUGGUGGAUUCAUCUGUGUCGAAACUUACAAAGAAAUUAACCAUACCAGUACCAGCUGCAACUACACGCAAGGACCCUUCGGAUCGUAAGAUAGAGGUUAUGCUGAAGUCCAUGUAUACAGCAGCAGGAGUGCUGCUAAGACCUGGGUUGAGUGGCAUCUGGGUAACUAAGGCUCUAAUGGUAUGGAUAACAGAGCUCAGAUCUGCCUUAACUGAUGAUCAUCUUAUACUUCUCGCUGAUCAAAUCUGGGAAGCGGCUGACUAUUUAUGUACAGCUUCUACUGACGUCUGUCAGCUUACUUCUCGCCUUUCAUAGUCGCUAGUCGCAACUCAGCGGGCGCUCUGGCUAUGUUCUUGGCGAGCGGAGACAGAGGUCAAAAAAGGAAUAGAAGCGUUACCUUUCGAGGGUGAGAAGUUAUUCGGUCCUGAAUUGGACAAAUGGAUUUCUGAGGCCACGGGAGGAAAGUCGUUUUUCUUACCAUUUCCUCCAACAGUACCUAGAAAAAGGUAUUCUGGACCGGCGUUCAAAUCCUUUACACCUCAGUCCUUUCGCGGGCGUGGCAGGGGAACCGCCACACCAGGUAGACUAGGUCGGGGACGUGGUUUCCAACGAACCAAUACCACUCGUCAGGAUACUAAAGUCACCGGUAAGCCAGUGGCAUGACGGGCUCCCAGCCCAUCUCGGAUCUCCUAUUGUGGGAGCAUGUCUUCAGUCAUUCCAGUUGGCGUGGCUUCAGACGUCCACAGAUGGGUGGAUCCGCAAUUUAGUUUUAACAGGUUACAAAAUAGAGUUCGACUGUCUCCCGCCAAUGCGGUUUUUCAGGACAGGACUGCCUCUGUCGGACGGCAAGAGCAGACUGCCAUUCAGUCUCUGCUGGACGCAGCAGUUUUGGUUCCGGUCCCUGUGCACCAACAGGGUCAGGGUUAUUACUCCAGUCUGUUUAUGGUGCCGAAGCCGGAUGGCUCGGUCAGGCCAAUAUUGAACUUAAAGGGCCUCAAUCAGUACGUCACUUACUACAGAUUCAAGAUGGAAUCCCUGCGGUCAGUAAUUGCAGGUCUAGAGCCACAGGAAUUUGAUUGCGCUGGAUCUCAAGGAUGCGUAUUUACACAUUCCGAUUUGGCAUCCUCAUCAAAGGUUUUUGCGGUUUGCAAUACGACAGAACCAUUACCAGUUUCAGACUCUACUGUUUGGCCUCUCGUCAGCGCCUCUGGUAAUUACCAAGGUGAUGUCUGUGAUGAUAGCUCAUCUCAGAUCCCUAGGAGUGAUAAUAGUUCCGUACUUGGACGACUUACUCAUCAAAGCUCUGUCUCAACAAAUCCUCCUUCAACAGGCAUUGCUGACAUACAAUGUACUGGUUCACCACUGUUGGAUUGUCAACUUCAAGAAAUCGCAUCUAGUUCCGUCUCAACGACUUCAAUUCCUAGGUAUGGUUAUCGAUACGGUAGAUCAAAGAAUUUACCUACCCGAACAGAAAGUACAGGUCAUUCGUCAUCUGGUACAAUUAGUGCUCAAGCCACGCACGGUAUCGGUUCAUUUUGUGCAUUCGCCUUUUAGGCACAAUGGUGGCGGCUUUCGAAUCACUUCAGUUCGGAAGACUUCACUCACGUCCUUUUCAACUGAAUGUGCAUGCACAGUGGUCGGGCUCGCAUUUACAGAUUCACCACAGGGUAAGGUUGUCUCCAAGGACCAGAGUGUCUCUACUCUGGUGGCUCAAAGUACAGAAUCUAACCGCAGGGAAAAGGUUCGGCGCCUGGAAUUGGAUAAUUCUCACGGCAGACGCAAGUCUCAGAGGUUGGGGAGCUGUAGUUCAAAAUUUUCAGCUCCAGGGCCUCUGGGCAGAUCACGAAAGAUUGCUGUCUAUAAAUGUCCUGGAACUCCGGGCAAUUUACAAUGCAUUGCGACAAGCAGUGCACAUGUUGCAGGCUCAGGCUGUUCAGGUGCAGUCAGACAAUGCGACGGCGGUCGCAUACAUCAACAAACAAGGCGGAACGAGAAGCCGCAUGGAAAUGCGGGAAGUAGCUCGAAUCCUCAAUUGGGCCGAAUAUCACCAAGUGAUAUUGUCGGCAGUGUUCAUUCCGGGAGUGGACAACUGGGAGGCGGAUUAUCUCAGUCGUCGGGAUUUUCAUCCAGGAGAAUGGGCAUUAAAUCCAGAAGUGUUUCACAUGCUGGUCCAGAGGUGGGGUUGCCCGCAGGUGGAUCUGAUGGCAUCUCGCCACAAUCAUCAAACGCCCCAGUAUGUGUCCAGAACGAGAGAUCCAGAGGCAGUGGCGUUGGAUGCUCUCACAGUCAGGUGGCCAUACAGUCUAGUGUAUCUGUUUCCGCUACUCCCUCUAUUGCUAAAACGGAUAAAGAGAGUCCGUCAGUCAUACUAGUGGCGCCUCAUUGGCCAUGGAGAGCUUGGUUCUCGGAUCUUCGCGGAUUACUCGCAGACUAUCCUUGGCCGCUCCCACUACGUCCGGACCUGUUACAACAGGGUCCGUUCCUUUACCCCGAUUUAGCGCGGCUGCGUUUGACGGGGUGGCUGAGACUGCCCUCUUAAGGAAAGAGGGCAUUCCAGAAUCAGUCAUUCCAACCAUGUUACGAGCUAGGAAGCCGGUUACGGCAGCUCAUUAUUACAGAAUUUGGCGUGCCUAUAUAGGUUGGUGUGAAGCUCGGAAGGUACCGACAUCUUCUUUCAAGUUAUCCCGUCUUUUUUGUUAUUUCUACAGAUGGGGUUAGAUGGAGGUCUACGUUUAUCUACACUAAUGGUGCAGAUAUCUGCUUUGUCAAUUUACUUUCAAAGAAGAUUGGCUCUAUUACCGUCGGUACACACCUUUAUGCAGGGUGUCCUCAGAGUACAGCCUCCAUUCACUCCACCUACUGCGCCAUGGGACUUGAAUCUGGUGUUAGAUUUUUUUUUUACAGUCUUCAUAUUUUGAACCCUUACAAGAAGUGGAUAUUAAGUUUCUCACUUGGAAAACGAUUUUUCUCCUAGCCUUGGCUUCGGCAAGGCGGGUUUCAGAUUUGGGUGCCUUGUCAUGCAAGCCACCGUUUUUGGUGUUUCAUGAUGACAGAGCGGAACUUCGGACGAAUCCCGCUUUCUUACCAAAAGUAGUGUCAUCUUUUCACAUCAACCAACCAAUAGUAGUUCCUGUGUUGACAGGACAUUCUGAAACUCUGGCUGUGGUACGCGCUUUACGCGUUUAUGUAUCCCGAACGUCUACAGUUCGUAAGACGGAUACGUUGUUUGUUCUCUAUGAUGCUGCCAAGAGAGGUUGGCCAGCCUCUAAGCAGAUAUUAUCCAGAUGGAUAAAACUGACCAUACGUCAGGCUUAUCUUCAGGCUAGGUUACAGCCGCCUACAUCGGUAACAGCUCAUUCUGUUCUGUGGGAACUUCAUGGUCAGCUGGUCGUGGAGCUUCUACGACACAGCUUUGCCGUGCGGCUACAUGGUCGUCAGUGCACACGUUUGUGCGCUUUUAUAAGUUUGAUACUUUUGCGGCAUCGGCAUCUAGCUUUGGCCGUUUAGUGUUACAGGUGCCAAAUAGCUCUCCCGCCCACGGGGGAAACUUUGGUACGUCCCAAGAGUACUCCAGUGACCCCUAGUGGAUGAAAAAGAAAAUAGGAUUUUGGUACUUACCAGGUAAAUCCUUUUCUUUGAAUCCAUAGGGGGCACUGGAUGCCCACCCAGAGCAGUUGUUACCUGGUUGUGGUAAAUGCAGGGAAUAUUAUGGUAACACACUCUUACCGACUGUUUCAAAUUAGAAAUUUAUCGGGUUGGUGUCAACUGUUAGUUGUCAGGUUUGUUUUGUGUCAACUUUAUUGUUGUCCGUUUUUUGGUUAUAUGUAUUUCUCCAUUGUCGACCUCUAUAGCUCCAGUUCGGCUCGGUAAAAAAACACUGAGGUACUCUGGGAUAUGGAGGGGAGGUAUAGUCAAAGUUUAACUAUUCAGUGCCUAGUUCCUGUGGAACCGUCCAUAUCCCAAGAGUACUCCAGUGCCCCCUAUGGAUUCAAAGAAAAGGAUUUACCUGUACCUCCUGUGACGCAACUGGGAUUCGAGCCUGGUGGGAUGGCCUUGGGUUGGUGCCUCUAGCUCAAGAUAAAUGUCUGCACUACUCUUCUUCCAAGUACAGAAUGCAGGAGACCUCAGCACUUAUCACACGGUGAUUCAUCAGUCUACACAGUCAGAGAAAAGACCAAUAUUAUUGUUGGGAGGCUUAAAAGUGAGAGAUGUCUCAAUAAUGUAACUUGUAUCUCUAACUUGCAUCUGGUGUCAUUUCCAUUCUGUAUGUAAAUGUAUUGGCUGGUCACUAUUAAAUAUCACCAGGUGUA